CGCUCUCUCUUUCAAUUUCCUCACCGUUUCUUCCAUUUCUAUUGGUGUCGUGCGUUAGUAAUGACAGCACAUAACAUGGCGACGAUAACGGAAUCAUUAGAAAGGUCUUUACAGAACUGUUCGUUGAACCACGAAAGAAGAACCAGUAACGGCGGCGGAGGCGGCGGUGAGGAUGGAUUAAUAGGGAGUUCGUCUACACCAGACGAGAACAACAACAGCAGCAGAAGCCCUCCAAUCACCGUAUCCGACACUAGCUUGGAGAUCAACUCCCAUCUCUCUCUUCCCUACCAUUUGGAACAAUAUCUUGAUCUAAAGACGGGAGAGAUUUACUACAUAAAUUGGAGGAACGGGAUGAAAGCGAGGGAUGAUCCAAGGACGGCAGCUCAGUACGGCGGAGGUUUUUACUCGGAGGAGGAAGCUGACGAAGAGGAUGAUGGCUCGUAUGACAGUGAAGAGUUUCGAUCGGAGUUAUCUCCUUGUUCGACAAGGGACAACAGCAGGAGCAACAACAACUACCAUGGGGUAGAGAAAGACAAAGAGAAUGUGUUGGUAGUGAGGGGUUACAAGAGCUGCCUCAUGUAUUUCAUGGUCCCCAAACAUGUUGAAGAUUACUCCAAAUGUAAUGGUUGACUCCUUCACUUUGAUCGAUCCCAAACUGCCUCUCCUUGAACCUCAUUUUGUCUUCUUCU